AUGAGGUUCUGGUGGCAUGUGACGGAGAAAGAAGCGAUUGCCAAGUUCCAAGCGGAUGUCGCGGCGCACACCAAUGCUCUAAAUACGUUGCUGGCGACUGCCAGCGUAAAGAUGGCGCAGAACAACAAUUCCAAACUCGAGCAGCUUGCGAGCGCCACCCAAGAAAGUGUUCAGCGCCGUGACGGCCAGCUCCUGAGAAUUAGCGACAAGCUUGAACACAGCAGCUCACUCCUGGUGGACGGCAAAUCGCUCCUCGAAAGCCUUGGAGCGGCAUCACCUGCCUUCAACAGGGCAGCCUGGAUGUGA